GUGCUGUGGGAAAGCUCUUGUUUUGAUUCUAGAGCAUGCUGAAGUUGAUGUUGUUUUUGUCCAAGAUAAGAACAUGAAAGAAAUUCUAUCUGCCGAUUGCAAAUCUGCUCAGCGACUGAAAUCGAUUGUUUCAUUUGCUUCAACAACAAGGGAACAGAUUGAUGCUGCCACUAACUCUGGAGUGAAAGUGCAUUCCUGGAAUGAAUUCCUCCAGAUGGUUAGUCUCUUGAGAUUUUGUCUACACAUAUUAACUAUAUCUAGCAAUCAAGAAAUCAUCUUGGUGGCCCUUCUUACUACCAAAACUGAGAGAAAGUUACUGUAAAGCUUCCUAACAUCUUGGUUAGUCUCUUUAUCCUUUUUGAUGCAGCAUUGUAGGCAUGCCUUCUUUUUCUUAUAUUAUAGGUUGUUUUGCUUGUU